AUGUACUCCUACAACGGUAACAUGUACGCCAACAGUGACACGUAUUAUGCCAACAGCACGCACCCGAGCAACAGCGCGCAUCCCGGUGGCAACGCGUAUGCCAACACCAGCCAUUUCUAUUCACCCACCACCAUGCCGGCCCCCAAUGGGCUCGUCUAUCCAAACAGCCCCAUGUAUCCCACCAGCAGCAACAUUAAUCCGGCUAUUGGACCAGGAAAUAUUCUUCCCAACAGUGCCCUUGGAGCCCAUCGGGCGCUUCCCCACUUCCCCACGCGUCCAUACAAUUAUGAAGACCCGAAUUAUCUUGACGCCCUUGUCGCCAAGUGGCGAUCCUUAGGACGUAUCCCAGUUGAAAUGACAGAGCCAUCCCUUUUGCACUCAUUCGCCUUCACUCUUGAACAUCGUGAUUUGGUCCCAAGCAGCAAUUCAAACGGGCAGAUUACUCAGGAGCAAAAUCUCAGGAACCUCUUGACUGCGAUCUACCACAGCUCUUCCUACCCUAAUGGAAUAUCUAGGGCCUACACCGUUUACACCGUUGCAUAUUCGGUUCUUAACAUUGGGUUGCCUGCUGCAUAUGGCAACUCGGCUCCUAGGGGUAACACCCGACCAAGAGUUGAGCAAGAUGCAAAGGAGAGAGAUAUCCAGUACCGGCUCGUGUACGCCUACCCUGGUGAGCGCCUACCUGAGCGAAGCGAGACCGGUUGGCCAGAACCUCUCCAAUGUGGCGAAAUGCUCUCCCUUCCAGGAGUAUUCCAGAGGCUUGAGAACUACAAAGGCGAGAAGAUUCUGAUUAACUCGCUUGCACUGCAGUACAGGGGUAGAAAACAAGGAUUCUGCGAGAAUUGUGCCUUGUACGUCACGGAUACCGUGAUAACCUUUCCUGGUUUGCGGGUGGUGGACGAGGCAACCGGAAUCAUCUAUCAGUCCAAAGCUACGAGAGGCAUUUGGGGGGACGGGAUAAUCAGCCAUGUGGAAGCUAUUCAGAAAACGAGGAUACGUGAAUCUUACCGCCCGCAUUACAACGGUAGCCCCGAACAUCGAGUUUAA